AUGCCUUCAAAGCGAAAAGCCCGCGGUAGCAACCAGACUGACUCGUCUCCACGCAAACACGAGCGCCUAACCGAGAACGCUGCCGAAUACUACAAAUCCUCAAGGCCACGAGUACCGUCAAAGCUGGUCGAUGAGAAGCCAGACUAUCUGAAUGCAGAUCAACAAGACCGAAUCACGGCCAACAAGACCUCCAACCCCAGCCGUGUUGCCAACAAGUACCGGCUCCCCGGCACCAGAGGUAAAUACCAGAGUGCAGGCGAGCGAGCAUACGUCCCAGGACCAGCUUCGCAAAUCGUGCCGAGAUCACGGCGGCAACUGAGGAUGGAGGCGGCAGCCAAUAUCGCCCUGGGUGCUCCCAACGCCUUCGACGUUUAUAUUACGCAACUAGUAUACGACGAGAUGAUUGCUCAACUCCCCGCUCCCAUCAACAUCAACACAACCAGAAAAACUCUUGUGAACCAGGUCGAUGUAGACCGAGCGUUUGGUACUCUCAAGCAAGAGGAAAAGAUGCACAAGCAGUUGACUUUCAACUGUGUCGCAAGUGGCAUCAUGCGAAACGACCAGUAUGAGUCUGUCCGACGCAGCUGA